AUGUCCGAGAAGAAGACCAGGCUCUUCCGCAUCCGCAAGACGGUGUGCAAGAUGCUCAACGCGCGCGGCUACCUCGUCGCUCAGGCUGAGCUCGAUCGCGACAAGGAUUCCUUCACCGAGGAGUUCGGCGAGGACCCCCGCCGCGACGCGCUCACGCUCCAGUUUGACCUCCGCGAAGAUCCCACCCAGCACAUCUUCGUGUUCUUCCCGGACGAGGAGAAGGUCGGGGUGAAGACCAUCAAGGAGUACGCCAAGCGCAUGAAGGACGAGCAGGUGAACCGCGCCAUCAUCGUGGUGCAGCAGUCGCUCACGCCGUUUGCGCGCCAGUCGCUGCUGGAGUGCCAGGCGCAGAAGUUUUACAUCGAGCAGUUCCAGGAGGCUGAGCUGCUGGUCAACAUCACCGACCACGUGCUCGUCCCCGAGCACAUCCUCCUCUCCGACGAGCAGAAGCGGGUGCUCCUGGAUCGGUACAAGGUCAAGGAGACGCAGCUGCCGCGGAUCCAGAUGCACGACCCGGUUGCGAGGUACUUUGGCAUGCGGCGGGGGCAGGUGGUGAGGAUCAUCAGGCCGUCGGAGACGGCGGGACGGUACGUUACCUACCGCCUGUGCGUCUGA